AUGGUUUCCUUUAUUGCAGUUGUAAGAAGUUUAUGUAUUUUUUUGGUUAUUUUAACUUUAGUGUUAGCAGUGACUCCACCUAAUGUGAUACAAUGUCCUCACCUAUGUGGAUGUCCAUCAAAGACACUGGUAAUAUGUGAAGGAAAAGUGGAUAAGCUAACCUAUAUACCAAGAAUACCAGCGACUACCAGGAAGCUGGUGUUUCGUGGAAAUUUAGUCCCAGAAAUCUAUAGAGAUACAUUUAAGAAUAUAACAUUUCAAUCUGGUAACCGUGUGGAAAUACUGGAUUUAUCUAAUAAUGGAAUUGUUUUUAUCAGCACUAUGGCUUUUUCUAAAUUAACCUACUUAAAGGAGCUAGACCUGAGUAAAAAUUAUUUACGAGAUCCAGAUGGACUUCAGAAAGCACUGGUUGGACUUAGAUUUAUCCAUGUUCACAGACUGAUGUUGCAUCAUAUGGAUCUAGGGGAUGACUCUAUUCCCUCUAAUCUAUUUGAACCUUUGACCUAUUUAAAUUCUAUUCAAACUAUAGAUAUGAGUGAUAAUGUACUUAAUGAAUUUGAUUUCCAGACAUUAGUCAACCUUACCAGUCUAGAAGAGUUAAUUCUAUCUAGUAAUAGAAUUUCAGGAUUAACUGACAAAAGUUUUGAUGGAAUGAAUCUGAUAAAGACUAUAGACCUAUCAAGCAGUAAUUUUCAAGAUUUCGUAACAUUUUCAGAGGACAUCAUGAGCACUCUUUUGCCUAAAACAUUGGAAAUUUUAUCAUUACGUAAUAGUAUCUUGGGAAAUGUGCCACGAUUUAACUCUUCCAAUAUUACUGAACUAGAUUUGAGUGAAAAUAAAAUUACCAAGCUACAUUUGGAGGAUAUAGCUAACUAUCCUUCACUUCGAGUUCUCAAUCUAAAUUCAAACCGAUUAACAAGGAUCUCAGAAGGUACCAUCCCACCAAGUAUACAGGAUCAGUUGAUAGCUGUAGGCUUUGCUGAUAAUCCACUGUUAUGUUCUUGUGAUAUUGCCUGGCUACACAACUGGAUGGUGAAGGAGCCUUUAAAAUUUCUUACAAUGGGAACCCAGAUAGAAUGUCUAAGUGAGGAAACAGGAAGCUUUAUCCUAUUAGAAGACUAUAAACCUACCAAUUGCGGUAGUAUAUCUCAUGUGACAUUGACUAUAACUAUAGCAUGUUGUGUUAUUGUAGUGAUUAUUAUUGCUGUUCUUAUCUUCUGUUACAGAAAACGUAUCAAACUGUUCUGUUAUGUCUGUACUAGAAAGAGAGGUGGUGAGCAGCUUGUUUUAAGUGAUAAUGUAGGCAUAUAG